UCUUCGUUUUAGUCUCAUGUUUUAUCCUUACCGUUUAAGUCAAACGGCAGUACACAUGACAAAACCAACAACCAUACAAUCCUCUUCUUCUCUGGUAGCCUUCACUUCACCUCCCGGCCCGGAGUCAACCCACUUCUCCGGUGCCGAUCCCCUAUCCAUCUGGGUGUGGAGAGGCCCAACAUGAAAUCUGAGACUGUGACUUUGAUAUUAGUGAAUCUGGCUGCUAUUAUGGAGAGGACCGAUGAGUCCUUGUUGCCUGGAGUCUAUAAAGAAGUUGGGGCCGCUCUCCACAUCGAUCCCACUGGCUUAGGUUCCUUAACCCUCUUCAGAUCUGUAGUUCAGUCUUCUUGUUACCCUCUAGCUGCUUACUUAGCCGUCCAUCACAAUCGCGCCCAUGUCAUUGCUGUAGGUGCUUUUCUCUGGGCCGCCGCCACUUUCCUCGUCGCCCUCUCCUCCACAUUCUUCCAGGUGGCAAUUUCUAGAGGUUUGAAUGGAAUAGGUCUUGCCAUAGUGAUACCUGCCAUCCAGUCUCUCGUUGCUGAUUCAACUGAUGAUAGUAACCGCGGGUUGGCUUUUGGAUGGCUACAACUAACAGGAAAUCUUGGUUCUAUCAUUGGUGGGCUUUGUUCUAUAUUAAUGGCUUCGACAUCUUUCAUGGGAAUCCCAGGAUGGAGAAUUGCCUUCCAUCUUGUUGGACUCAUUAGUGUUAUUGUCGGUUUGCUAGUAUGGGUUUUUGCAAACGAUCCACACUUUUCUGAGAUUAAUGGAAGAGAUAAGGAUCAUCCACGCAAGCCAUUCUGGUCAGAAAUGAUGGAUCUAGUUAAAGAAUCAAAGUCAGUUAUAGGGAUCCAAUCUUUCCAGAUAAUUGUAUCUCAGGGGGUUGCAGGAUCAUUUCCAUGGUCGGCUUUGUCAUUUGCUCCUAUGUGGCUUGAGCUAGUAGGCUUUUCUCACGAGAAAACAGGAUUUCUAUGGACUCUCUUUAUAAUUGCUAGUUCAUUAGGUGGUAUUUUUGGAGGAAGAUUGGGGGAUAUUUUAUCAAAACGCUUUCCUAAUUCAGGAAGAAUAGUUUUAUCUCAGAUAAGCUCAGCUUCUGCAGUUCCUCUUGCUGCAAUCUUGCUGCUGGUUUUGCCCGACAAUCCAUCCACAACAUUCUUGCAUGGACUGGUUUUGUUCAUAAUGGGUUUCUCUAUGUCAUGGAAUGCACCAGCAACUAACAACCCAAUAUUUGCAGAGAUUGUCCCGAAGAAGUCACGCACAAGCAUCUAUGCAUUGGAUCGAUCAUUUGAGUCGAUUCUGUCAUCGUUUGCUCCUCCUGUCGUUGGAAUUCUGGCUCAGCAUGUUUAUGGAUAUAAACCAGCAGCAAAAGGAUCCACAGAUUCAUCACAAAUUGAAACUGAUAGAGAGAAUGCAAAAUCACUAGCCAGGGCACUAUAUGCAGCCAUUGGUUUCCCAAUGUCACUGUGUUGCUUCAUCUACUCUUUCCUCUAUUGUUCGUAUCCAAGAGACCGAGAGCGCGCAAGAAUGCACGCCUUGAUAGAGUCUGAAAUGCUGCAUCUGGAAUCUAGCACUUCACCCCUCUAUGAACAAGACAGUCAGUUUCAUAUUUCGGAGGCAAAAGAUUUUGAUGAUAAGGAUCAAACAGAGGUUGACCUUACCUAUGAAAUUGAAGACAGUCUUGAUUUCAUUGACAGCGAUGAAAAACAACUUCUCAAUCAUCAGCUAAUAGAUUCUGAUUCGAAAUGAUAACUUACAGCCCAGGAAUAACAUUCAAAAUUGUCAAGGACUCAAGGAAAUAUUGAUCAACACGAACCAAAGCAGUAUUGAAGGCAGACAAUGAAAAGUAUAGUUGAUAUUUUAUAUCUCCCUAAUGUUAGAAUUUUUUUUAUAUUAUUUCAAAUUUAGAGUAACACAAAAAAAUGUAGUUUAUCACAAAAAACAGAGCAUUUGUGCAUUUCACCAGUUAAAUGAAUGCUUCUAACAAUUGAGAAGAAGACGGGAUUUUGACUCUAA